AUGGGAUACACAACGCAUCCCAAGCGCUAUUCUCCGUGCAAAGGUCGAGAGAAAGUCAUGAGUGUGGCGUUGCUGUUCUUCGCCGGUUGUAUUCUAUCCAACCCGUCUGUGUUAGCCAUUACGACGACUGACGCGCUAGUGGAGGCAACACACACAACACUCCCGGUGACGCUCGGUGAACUGGAGACGACACCCGACCAUGCGGUCGAUUUGAGCGAGGCGGAGACAAAGGACCCAACGCAACGGUUGGAGAUCAUCAAGCAGAUUCGGAAGGUAAACCAAGAUGGUUCGUACACGGUCGGGUAUGAGGCGGAGGACGGUACGUUUAAGAUCGAAAGCCGAGAUGUGCUCGGUAACAUCAAGGGUACGUACGGGUAUAUCGAUGCGAACGGUGACAUCAAGCGUGUAUCGUACGGUGGUCAGCCGACGCAAACCAUCCCGAUGGUAUCGACGCCACCGACAACCGAGGAGGAGAUAGUGCAUAUUCCUCCACGGUUCAACCGUACCCAACACCUGCUGAUGCCGACCACACGCCGCCCGCCAAACUAUCAUCCACCGCAGCAGCUGCAGCACCAUCAGCAUCUGCACCACAAUCCACAGCACGCGAGCACACUACGCCCAAGCGUCAUCCAGACCAUACCGCGCAAACGUCACGGGUACUCGUCCACCUCCACUACAGCAACACCGAUGACGAGCACCUCGAGCACAACGCUGGCGAUGAACGGUGGUGGUAGUAGCACGUCCACCACGACAACGACAACCACCACCACGGAGAGCACUGUCACGUCGGCCGCCACCGAAACAGGCGGUCAUUUGGCAGCAUCGUUCGGAGAGCCUACAGCGGCCUCUACGCACACCUCCACACUGCACACCAAACCCGGUACGCUGCUGAUAAUCCGCCCGACGCCACUACCCUAUCAGGCGGGCAAAACAGCAGAACAACUAGCCCGUCCCGAGCGGCUCGAGGCAGCCAAGUACACGCAUGCUCCACCAUCGAAAAAGCCAGUCCGUGGGAACUUCCUGCGUCGACAGCUUGCACCGGCUGUCAGCGAGUCCGGCGAACAGUACGAAGCUCAACCGCAGCAAAUCAUCUACGGCCAGUCGGCGGCUGAUGGUGAGCUGAGCAGCAUCUUCGCCGGUGGUGCAAAGCCUCUCUAUACGACGCAUCCAACACCGCGUAUUCCUGCCGCCGUAUUGGCCGCACGUCAACGUGCCGCACACAUCCAGAGCGUACUCCAGGCCCAAUCACAACCCGGCCAAGGAGGGCUCCCCGAGCGACUGACGACCGAGCGCGUGUACGUGAAGCAACCACCACGACCACAGGCGUCCUCCGGUCACCGACACGAACCGGCUCCAAUACUCUAUGAAACCUCCACCGAACCAAGCUCGGAGCACAGCUACGUGACCGAUGGUCCAGCGUCUUCCUCCGUGGUGCAGAUACCAGCCGCCAACCGUGUACUGGCCAGUGAAGCUGAAGCGCAUGCCGAGGAACGGCGUCCCAUCUUCCGUCCACGUCCGAUAGAAUUCCGUCCGCGUGACGAUAGUUCCUCGCCCGCUCCAGGACGGUUCCGCACACCGUACGGACUACCACCUCCAUAUGCACGAUCGUUCACACCGCUACCGCCACCGCAGGAGUCGCCGUAUGGUGGGCGUGUUGCACCAAUCCCCGAUGUCGACGAAAAGGACCGGGAAGCGGACGAGCCUCAGCAACAACAUCUGAACAGCAUCUUACCCUACCGUCAGCAGCGUCGCCUGAAUGGUGGCCUUAACCUAUCGCCUGGGGAUGCCGCCUAUCAGCAGCAGCAACCGCUCAGUGCGACCCAGCAGCAGCAGAACUCCUAUCCCGUCCCCCUUCCGUACAAUCCGGGCCAGUAUCCACCACAUCUAGGCGGUGGUGGGCGAAUUCCAUCCAACCCGUACUACUACGAUAUCCCACCAGAGCGCCCGCUAACAGCGCGUGACUUUGAGCGCAUUCUUCAGGUGCUCAUCUUCCGCCAUCAGCAGCAGCAGGUUGCACAGCAAGUAUCUCGCUAUCGUCUUGGCGGUGGGUACGGUGGCUACAAUGGUGGGUUCCCGUACAAUCCUUACUUCCCCGGUCCGUCACCAUCGCCGUACGGGCUCGGUGGACCAUACCUGGGCGGUGGCUACCCUCAGCAACAGAUCCCCCGGCCUCCGCUUCCCUUCCCCUAUGGAGGUGGACCGUACGACGGGCAGGGUUAUCAGAAUCCGCUCUAUAGUCCCUCGGCACCGAGUGCCAAUGUGCGAGGCGGAGUGGAUGGUGGUCAAUCGGAUGCGGAUGGUGGGUAUGGUACUGUGUUACCUGCCGCAGCACGACGCAAUGGUCAGUACUAUCAGUCUCCGCUGGAUGCUGGGUCCUCAUCAACCGCCGCUGGAUCUCUCCGCUCUGCAGACUAUCUACCACCGGAGGUGCGCGAAAGUCUGCUGUACCGCAUGCUGAUGCUCGCUAUACAGGGGCCCGGUUCCGGCGAGGUACUCCCACUGGCAGCACCAACCGGACCGUCCAACCAACAGCUUCCGCUGCACCAUCUGCAGGGUGCGUCGUCGAUGCCACGACCCCAAACCCAACCAAACCACCGGGACAUUCAAAGCCCGGGCCAGGGUCGUCCAGAUGGGCAGAGUACGGUAACGGCGGCCGCCACCAUGCUACCGAUGUACAGCAAGAAACCCGUACGGAGUGUACAAAUUCUCGGCGAGGAGUGA